GACUUCCCCUCAGCUCCUGCUCACACCCCCCACUUCGUCAGUACCACUAUGUUUCCACAGAAAUGAACUGGACCGAAGCCCGACAGUUCUGCAGAGAGAAAUACACCGACCUGGCCACCUUUGACAGCAUGGAUGACCUCAGCAGGCUGAAAGCUGAUUUCUCUUAUUCCUGGGCCUGGUUUGGACUCUGGGAUGACCCUGAAAACUGGAGAACCUCCAUGGCUAAUGACACCAACUCUUGGAGGUGGUCAGCGACCGGGGAAACCAGCAGAACCGGGUACCAGAACUGGGCCUCUGGAGAACCAGAUUACCUCAAAGCAAAGGAAACAUGUGUAGCGAUGGGUUCUAACGCAUUAUGGUCUGAUGCAAAUUGUGAGACCACAAGAGAAUUCAUCUGCUACAACGAGAACAACAAGAAAACCUAUUUCCACAUCCCAACCAAGAAAACAUGGCAGUCUGCUCAGCAGCACUGCAGGGAACACUUCACCGACUUGGCCAUGAUUGAGAAUGAGGCAGAAAACACUAAGGCCAACGAAGCAACACAAGGCACUGGUUCUUAUUGGAUCGGUCUGUACAGGAACCCCUGGACUUGGUCUGACCGGAGCCAAAGCUCCUUCAGGAACUGGAACCACACAAAAAAUAACAAUGAUGGUCAACAACAGUGUGGGGAAGAAAAUCCGCAGCAUGAGUGGGGGGAUGAUUAUUGUGACUAUAAGAAGCCCUUCAUCUGCCAUCAAGGACUUCCCCUCAGCUCCUGCUCACAGCCCCCCCCUCGUCAGUACCACUAUGUUUCCACACCAAAGAACUGGACCGAAGCCCGACAGUUCUGCAGAGAGAAAUACACCGACCUGGCCACCUUUGACAACAUGGAUGACAUCAGCAGGCUGAAAGCUGAUUUCUCUUAUUCCUGGGCCUGGAUCGGACUCUGGGAUGACCCUGAAAACUGGAAAACCUCCAUGGGCAAUGACACCAACUCUUGGAGGUGGUCAGCAACAGGAGAAACCAGUAGAACUGGGUACCAGAACUGGGAGUCUUCAGACCCAAAUUACUGGUCCGCAAAGGAAACAUGUGUAGCGAUGCGUGAUUACGGACUAUGGAUUGAUGCGAAUUGUGAAUACACAAAUGAAUUAAUCUGCUAUAACGUUUCAGAGAACAAGAAAAACUAUUUCCACAUCCCAACCAAGAAAACCUGGCAGUCUGCUCACCAGCACUGCAGGGAAAACUUCACCGACUUGGCCAUGAUUGAGAAUGAGGCAGAAAACACUGAGGCCCAAAAAGCAAAACCGGACACUCGUUCUUAUUGGAUCGGAACCCCUGGACUUGGUCUGACGGGAGCCAAAGCUCCUUCGGGAUCUGGCACCACACAAAAAAUAACGUUAAUGGUCAACAACACUGUGGGCAAGAAAAUCUGCAACAUGAAUGGGGGGAUGAUUAUUGUUACGUUAAGAAGCCCUUCAUCUGCCAUCAAGCCCCCCCUUCGUCAGUACCACUAUGUUUCCACACCAAAGAGCUGGACCGAGGCCCGACAGUUCUGCAGAGAGAAAUACACCGACCUGGCCACCUUUGACAGCAUGGAUGACAUCAGCAGGCUGGAAGCUGAUUUACCUUAUCUCUGGGCCUGGAACGGACUCUGGGAUGACCCUGAAAACUGGAAAACCUCCAUGGGUAAUGACACCAACUCUUGGAGGUGGUCAGCAACAGGAGAAACCAGCAGAACUGGGUACCAGAACUGGGACUCUGACCAGCCAGAUUACUGGGAAGCACAGGAGACAUGUGUAUUGAUGCGUAAUCAAGGUCUGUGGGUUGAUGAAAGAUGUGAGACCCCAAGAGAAUUCAUCUGCUAUAGC